AUGUUCAAGAAACUGCUGAAGGGCCUCGACUCGGCGCCUCCAACGCCCAAGAUCGGCAGGAUUGAGCUGCCCGAGGUGGGGGAGGGGGAUGUAUAUUACUUUUCCAAGGCCGAAGGGUCAGCAAUCGUGGACUGGUCUUCGGACAGCGAAGGCGCAUCGCCGCGCUCACCCAUCCUAGCCUGGCGUAGACCGUCUACGCCUCAACCAGAGGGUCCACUGAAGUCGCGACGCAAAGCCUCUACGCCUGUCCCAGAAUCUCCGCUAAAUCCACGACGCGGAUCGUCAUCGUCAUCUUCAUCCUAUCAUGUCGAUGGCUGGAGGGCGCCGAGUAGGUCGUCGACACCCAUGGCGGAGCCGAAGGGGCACGUCAGCAGGACAUCGACCCCCCAACCGGGCUCCUCGAAGACUGCCCCGGGGCUCGCGUCGCCCGUACCCGUUAAGGCGGUGCGCAAAGGUAUAUUGAAACCUUCGUCGCCUCCGAAACCAGUCACCCUCCACUGGCAACUACUGCCAUACGAAGCCGGGCGGUCGAAGAAGUUGCUUUACUUCAACGUCGCGUACCCGCCUGCCCUAAUCCGUGAUCAUACGCGCAUGCCGCCGAUCUUGUUGCCCCAGUCGGAGAUGGAGAAGCCCGCCGCGGAGAUACCUCUGAGCGAGAUGACCAUACGCUGUUCACAGCUUCCACAUUGGGAUAUCGUCGUGGCUCCCGCGGGCCCUGGUGGCGUAAGAUGCGUCGACGUCUACCGCGCGAUCUACGAGACCUUUCAGAAGGAGCUGUCCGAGACAGAGAGGGACCAUUACAUACCCUCUGGUCGUCGCCAACACUGCGAGGCGGCAUGGCGCAAACGAUGUAGGGAAGCGCCUGGGCUGCCCGAGGUUAACUUGAAGAAGGGGAUGUGCCGCAUCGAUCUGCUCGAAGGACGGACGAUAUUCAUGGGCCUCAGACGGCCGGUGCCGACGGAUGACAAGCCGGAUCGAGUUUGGGUGCUGGAGCUUGGGUUUCCGAAGGAGGAGCGCCGCUCAAGUCGUUGA